GGAUAAUUCCACAAGCAGCCACAAGUAUGUUUCAGAUUCAAGGAAAGAGUAGGAAAGAGCAAGAGUAAGGUGAAGGUAUUGAAACGAAGGUGCAAAUCGAAACAGACUGUUCCACAACACGUAGAAAAUGGACUAUGUAAUAUCGAGUUUCGUCAGGAAACAUAUAGAUUUAUUGCGAUCGGAACGCGACGAGAAUCUCCAGCACGUUUUCAAUAACAUAUCUGCUCAAGCCCUUCGUAACCUCGAAAAGGAAGGAGAUGCAUUGACUAAAUUAUCCGUUGGGAGUUUGGCUAGCCGUGGUUUGAAACAGCUCCAAAUUGACUUCGUCGACCCGAACAAUCUCCCCCUGAAGCAUGCCUUUGCCGUCGGUGACUUGGUCGCCUGCAUUCAAUCAAAUAAUCGCAGCCAGUUUCUACCUGGUCUCGUUUCAGCCAUCUCACAGAGAACCAUUUCAGUCACCAUUUCAGAUCAAACUGUUGUCAAUGUCAAUGAGGAGGAACAAUUCGCCAUCAUCAAAGCUGAUUCCGAUUACACUUACAAUUGCCAAACCAGAGCUUUGAAAAAUCUGGAAUCAACGGAGAUAUAUUCCUGGCGAUGUUUCAAUGUCAUUAGAAUUCUUUUUGACAAUGAUGAGAAGAUUGUUCAGGAGCUAAUAGAUAUGGACAAUGAAAUCUCUGAAAAAUAUUUGAAUGAGGAUGGUCAGCUGAAGUUUAUCAAUGAUAAACUUGCUGAGGAUCAGCGCAUGGCAGUAUCAUUUGCUUUGCAUAAAAAAUUUCUUGCCAUUAUUCAAGGACCCCCUGGCACAGGAAAGACUACCACUUUAGUUGAAUUAAUCGGCCAAUUGCGGGGGCUGGGUAAAAAGGUAUUGGUGUGCGCUCCAACUAAUGUUGCGGUGGACAACAUUGCCCAGAAAUUAUGUGAUGCUGGCAUAAAGCCAUUGAGAAUGGGCCAUCCAGCUAGGAUAGCCAAGGAGGUACAGAGUUGUUCAAUAGAUGCCAACGUGCGGCAAGAUAACUCCUAUGAAAUUUUAGUUCAGAUAAAACAGUCGUUAAAAGAAUUGCAAGAAAAGGACGGAGACACUGAGAAGGGUGGGAAGCCAUGGGGUAAAAUCAAAGAGCUGAGCAAAGAGUACCGUGAACGAAUGGACAAGCUAACUUCUGAGAUAAUCAGACGGCAUCCUGUCAUUCUCUGCACUCUGAACUCUGCAACUACUGGAAAACGUGCUAAAACUAUGCGGCACGUGCCCAGAGAAUAUUUUGAUGUUGUUGUAGUGGACGAAGCUUCUCAGGCGUUGGAGGCCUCGAAUUGGAUUGCGAUUCCAAAUGCGGAGAAGGUUGUGCUUGCUGGCGACAUUAACCAGCUUCCGCCUGCUGUUAUGAACCAAAAAGCAGCCAAAAACGGACUAUGUGUGAGCCUCAUGGAAAGGGCGAUUAAAAAACUUGGAAAGAAAGCUUAUAAGAGUCUCGAAAUUCAGUACAGAAUGAAUAGCAAAAUCAUGUCGUGGUCUAGCAAACAGUUUUAUGAAAAUACUCUCAAGGCAGACAAACUCGUUGCGAAUCACUUACUCAGAGAUUUGCCUGGAGUGGAAUCAUGUCCGCUUACAAGUGAUUCGGUAGUGUUUAUCGACACCUGUGGAUGUGAAUGCGAGGAGUAUCAAAUCGGCAGUGGGACAAUAUCGAAAGGAAACGUUGGUGAAGCGAUCGUAGUUGACCGACUAGUAGCGGCACUGGUAAAAUCUGGUGUCCCAGAACGAGAAAUUGGUGUAAUAACGCCAUAUGCUCUGCAGGUAGACUUUGUACGAAAAACGCUGUCAACUCGUUCUAUAUCUGCUGAAGUUUCUACGGUUGAUGGCUUUCAAGGUAGAGAAAAGGAAGUGAUCGUACUAUCUUUGGUCCGGAGUAAUGAAGAAAAAUCACUCGGCUUUGUCACUGACUUUAGACGUCUAAACGUCGCGGUUACACGGGCAAGAAGACUGCUUGUCGUCAUCGUGAACAGCGAAACUGUUGAGGAUAACAAAUUAAUUACUGGCCUUUUGAAGCAUAUUGAAGAUAACGGUCUGUUACAAACAGCGCAGGAGUAUUUGGAAGAUAAUUCGGAGGACCUCAAGAAAGACUUGGAAGAAAAUGUAAAAGUGAAACAGAAAUCUGUGGUGACCAAUAAGACGGAUAGUAAGACAGAAAAGAGAAAGAAACCAGCAUCGAAAAAUGGCGAUAAAAUUAAAGGUGAAACCAAUUUGAAGAGUGUUCUCAAAGACAAAGGAAUCGAUUUGAGUAUAAACGCAAAUAGGAAAGAUUAUAAUCUCUUCGAAUGUAUUAGCGAAAGUAAUUCCGACAUUGAGGACACAGAAUUACUUCCGAACACGCCAGAAAUCGCUACAGAGGACCCAGAAGAAACGGAUGAAGCUUUGCCAUCCGUUGAGCAGGUGGAAUCAAAACCUAAAAUUGAAUUAUCCAAUUUGAUCGCGAGUUUAAAGCAGCUCGAAACAACUUCCACGCAAGUUUCCUCUGCAGGUACGCCUCUUGCUUCAAACCAACCCGUGCCUAUGCAAGCUAAGAAGAAUAAAAAAUCUAAAAAUCGUAAGCCGAAAAAUUCGGAAAUAACGGCGGACGAUGAUCUUGAUAAAUUAAUAGCGACGGUCACAGCCAAUGACUACAUUUGCGCAAUGGCAGGGUGCAAGAAAUCGACCCAAUUAAUGCAUGUUGAUUGCGAAUUCUGUAAAUCUAGGUUCUGCUUUACACACGGGAUGCAAGAAAUUCAUGGUUGUGGAGAAGCCGUGAGAAACAAAGAGAGGAAAGAGUUUGUUCGUCGGAAGCCAGAAAACUGUAAGAAAACGGACAAAGAUAAAUUUGCAAGAAAGUUGAAGCAGCUGGAGGAGGCUCGAAAACCGAAAAAGAAGGUUGAAAAGUAGUUUAAAAAAGUGUAUAAAAAAAUACCUUCCGCGAUAAGUUUUGUAAAGAAUACGAUGUAGUUCAUAGAACUACGCGUAUUCUACAAAUUGGAAUGAAAAUUACGAUAUUUAUUUAUCAUACGUAUAUACUGCGCUGCGCGUUAGUCACACUGAUAUAAAUUUUCAUUUCAUUUCGAUCUCCGUUAUGUAGUUCCGCAGUUUUAUAACAAUCUUGCAAAACGCCUUAUAAAUAAACGAAUUUUCUAUUUAAAAUAAAAAGUGUCAGCUUACACGAGCUUUACGUCACCCCGAUCAAUGCGGAAAUUAUUCAACCGAUGAAAGAUUCAGGAACAUUUUUAGCAACAUAAAGCCGUUAUAUUUUGUCGAAAAAAUUUGCGAUUUAUUCUAGACAUAUUUACAUGACACCUUUUUAGGUGAUUCAAUUAAGAUAAUAAGUAACUUAUGAUACACUGACUUUCAUAUUUGUUCGAUUAUAAUUAAUUCUAUUAAACGAAACCUCAUGAACUUACGGUAAAAAGUCUAUAUUAUAAGUUUUAUUCCCUAAAAACAUGCCGAAUUUUAGACUUGCAUCAAUUUCGGGCUCGAUAAUCAUUUCAUCCUCUGAAUCCAAGCCAGUUGGUGGUUCUGCGGAAUAAAAAUAAAACAACAUUGUCACAGAAUAAUAAUUUCUUAUUGCUAAGUAAAAAAAUCUGGCACACCACAAUUACUCACUCAGGUUUAUUUUGGCUGGCUUUGAAAAUAACGUGACCUUUGGUUUACGGAGAAUUCUUAUUUUCACGCAUUUCAGUCUACAGAGCAUCUGUUAAUAUUAGAAAGUUUGAUGAAACGGAGGUUGGAAAUAAUUCAUAAGUACUGACUCUAUGAAGACCGCCUUACCUCGACUAAUUCGGUAACCUGGAACGGCUGUAAGGCUGGAACAAAUCUUUUUUGCACUUUGGAUAAGGUAAUGCCUGGAUGAUUGAUACAGUAAUCUAAAACCGCACCCAGCAUCCUGUCUAAAACACGCCGAUUAAGAACUCCAUCAAUACGAAUCCAUGGCUUUAUUACCACUUUUAUCGGCUCCACUGUGCUGCAACGUUUGACAAAGCAACAUUGAUUUUAUUACGCCAGUAGGAAAUUUUUAGAAGGAAAGAAGAAAGAUAUCGUGCUUCCAGAUUUUUGUAACCCUGUUCGAAUCUUAUCUAAGAAUCAUGCUCACUUGAAGUCAAGUUUCUUUGCCGCUUUUUGAAUAUCCUUGGGUUGAAGUAAGGCUGUCCUCUUUCUCAUUCUGCGCGUGGUCUGUACGUUACCGGUUUUUUCAUCGAUAUCCUUAUUGUCAGGUGUUUGAUCAUUGCCACUUGUCGCAUCUUCCUGGCCAUCUGUCUGCCCGCAGAGUCGCUCGUUU